AUGCCGCCGUUGGAGAAAGAUAAUGUACAGAAAACGCUUACAGUUCCGGAGAUGAUGGCGUUGACCACAGCCGAAAUCGUAAAAGAACUGAUAUCAGCUCAUAAGCAGCGAAAAGAUGUCAACCUCAACAAGCUCAAGACUAAAAUCGCUGCUCGAUACAAGCUUAAGUCCCAACCGCGUCUGGUAGACAUCAUUGCUGCCGUUCCAGACGAGUACCGCUCUGUUCUUGUGCCAAAGCUCAAAGCGAAACCAGUACGUACCGCGUCGGGCAUAGCCGUUGUCGCUGUCAUGUGCAAGCCUCAUCGCUGUCCGCAUAUCAACAUGACUGGCAAUAUUUGCGUGUACUGUCCUGGCGGUCCAGAUUCUGAUUUCGAGUACUCGACGCAGUCCUACACUGGCUACGAGCCCACGUCCAUGCGUGCUAUUCGCGCGAGAUACGAUCCGUUCCUCCAGACAAGACAUCGGGUAGAGCAGCUCAAGUCUAUUGGACACUCAACAGACAAAGUAGAAUUCAUCGUCAUGGGCGGAACAUUUAUGGCUCUCCCAGCAGAAUACAGGGUCGGUAAAGAUGCAGGGUUUAAAAUCGUUGCCCACAUGAUGCCCGACUUGCCAAACGUCGAUCUGGAAAGAGAUCUAGAGCAGUUUGUCGAGUUCUUUGAGAAUCCUGCUUUUCGGCCUGAUGGUUUGAAGAUUUACCCCACACUGGUGAUCCGGGGCACUGGCUUGUACGAAUUGUGGAGGACUGAAAGAUACAAAUCAUAUCCUCCUUCAGUGCUGAUUGAUCUUGUGGCGAGAAUACUGGCACUGGUCCCUCCCUGGACGCGGGUCUACAGAGUUCAGCGAGAUAUUCCGAUGCCGCUGGUCACUUCCGGCGUUGAACACGGAAAUUUGAGAGAGCUCGCCUUGGCACGAAUGAAAGAACUUGGAACGAGCUGCAGAGAUGUCAGAACGCGAGAAAUUGGAAUCCAAGAAGUGCACAACAAAAACAUCAAGCCAAAUAAUAUUGAGUUAAUUCGACGUGAUUAUGUUGCGAAUGGUGGUUGGGAGACCUUUCUGGAAUAUGGCGACCCAGAACAAGAUAUUCUUAUUGGUCUACUUCGGCUCCGCAAGUGUUCUCCUCAGAGCUUCCGGAAAGAGCUCAAAACAGAAACUUCAAUCGUCAGGGAACUGCAUGUUUAUGGAUCCGCAGUGCCCGUUGGUGGACGCCAUCCGCAAAAAUUCCAACAUCACGGUUUUGGAAUGUUGCUUAUGGAGGAAGCAGAACGCAUCGCUCGCGAAGAGCAUGGUAGCGCGAAACUAGCAGUUAUCAGUGGAGUUGGAACUAGAAACUAUUAUAGAAAGCUGGGCUAUGAAUUGGACGGUCCUUAUAUGAAGUUACUUUUGAAAAUGUCGUUGAAAGGUCCGGGAAUGAAGACGGUCAAAUUCGACAUUGAUGACUUGUCCAACAAGGCGACCAAAAAACAUAUCCAGCGGAUCAACAUAGCCUUCCUAACUUCUGAUACGUUGUCAGAAGAAGCUCUGAAGAAAUGCAAUACCUUCUCGCUUCAAAGGAUGCUCAGAAGCCAUCUCUCGGUGGGCGAAAAUCACUACACGAAAUGGGUUCCAGACGAUAACGAACCCUACAUGCAGAUUUCGAAAGUAAUCAACAGCUGUAAUAAUCUAAUUGCUGACGCUGGUUUGAGAAUCGAAAAACUGAGACGAGAGACGGAUGGAAGUUACUUCUACUGUAUGUACUCGCAGACUACUGACUCGUUUCCUAACGGAAAGAAGGAUAGCUACUCGUAUGACGACGAUGACACUGAGGAAUUCGCCGCUUACUUCAGAGGCGUUAUCUUGGUUUUCAUGAUUGAGCACAAUGGUCGACUAACUGAAGUGGAAUUCGGCAAAUUGCACAGGGUCCUGGAAGAGACUGGAAACAAGAAAGGAGGAAGCAAGAUCAUCAAUCUACUGAAUGACAAGUUCAUUGAGAAAAUAGUCGAGCACAACAAGGCGUACUUCGUCCUGAAGCCGCGAAUGCAAAUCGAGCUCUCCGACUCGAUUCGCGAUGUGCUCAAGAAAAACAAGCUGAAACCAGAGUGCUUUCGAUGCUCCGAACUGGUGCUCCGCUGCCGACACUGCCCAAGCUGCAAUGCUCGCUUCCACCGAUACUGCGUCGAGAAAAACUGCGCCAAUCCAAGAUGUGGAAAGCCCUUUCCCGAAGAAAUCAAUUUGCACCCCGGCGCUCCGAUAGUAAUUGGCUCUAUCAGUUGCAUCGCAGCUCUUCCUCUCGGCCUUUUCUGGCACAUUCGCCAAGCGCUGCCCAGCAAAGAUGAUUCUGAGAAAACUCAGGAACCACACGAAGUUGACUGGAGGACCCGGGCGUCGUAUAUUCUUGUGCUCAGUUGCGAGAUGGUAGCGCUCGUUGCUGUCUUCACCAUAACCAUGGCAAGAAAACUACUCAAGAAAUAA